GUUUUCUUCGCUUCCUUCCCGGGAAUGAAAAUGUACUUCAUUUCUCGCAUUAAUUCGAAAAGAAACGGAUCAUUUUUUACUGUGUUACUAUUGUCCUACUCAUUUUCCCCCUUUCUGAGUGUGUGAGUGAGCUUGUGAAGUUGCUGCGUGGGUUUCUUUUCUGUUUUUGUUCAUUUUUGUUUUCUUUCGGGGAUGCAUUUAUUGAUAGCGUUGGGUUAAUAGGGUUACGGGUUGACAUGAUUGUUUGAUGUGACGAUCGUUCUUGAUGCCACAUUUAAUUAGCUGUCGAUAUCCAAGGGUUUUUGCUGUUCUCCAUUUUUGAUGAUAUUUUCUUCUUCCUCUUACUUCAGUCAUCACUUUUUAGUUUGAUAUAGCUUCAAUUCAUGGCUUGGGAUCUCUGGGGUUCUUCAUACGACCAAGUUUCCUGCAAAGAUAAUUACUCUGAUCAUCCUGAGUGGCCAUAUGGCUUCUUCUUUGGCUGUGACCCUGAUGUGAUAGAGGAAGAUGCCUUGAAUGAGGAGUACUGUGUUCAGGUUUUAAGGAUUUUGAUCACCAAGGCAGAUACCGAAAUCAAGGAACUUGAAAAGGAUCUAUCGUCCCUUCAAAAUGAAUUGGCCUGCGCUGAGCAUGAGAAAUGGCCUGAAAUAUGUUGCAGUGCUUUGACCGAAAGAAUCAAUUGGCUGGAUGUUGCAAUUAGUGCUUUGAAGAAAGAUCAUGCUGAUGAAAUAGAGACAGGGCUGCUAUUACACAGUAAGCCUGCUGAGACACUUAAUGAGAUAGUGAAGGCUUUACAAAGGGAUCAUUGUCAAGAUGAAAACAGCCAGCAGCUAGUAGGUGCAAACAGCUUGAAUCCAGUUAUGAAUGCUACUAAGUGUGCACUAGAUAAAGAGUCUAGCCAAAUUAAUUCGAAUAUAGUGAUAAAGGAGGAAAAGAAAGAGCAAGAGGAAUCUAAAGAACAUGAGGAAAGUAAACAACUCUGUGGAACUUCAGAAAAGUCUAGAAACUCAUCAGAACUGUCAGAGAUGCAACAAAAGAGACGGGAUGGUGCUGAAAUUGUUGACAUUGCUGAUAUGGUUGAGGAAUUGCUUGCAGGGACAAGUCUUGAUUUGGAAGGUAUGAACUGUUCUUCUGGACUUUCUGAUGGGAUGAAAUUAUCAGGGACAUCAGAUGAUAACGAGGAAGUCGGACGAAGCCAACUCAUUGGUACAGAUACAGGUCAAAUCUCCAAUCAGCUUUCCCCCGUGGGAAAUGGAAAUACUUCCAGUGAAUGCAAGAGAGAAGUUGCAAUUGUCAAAUCUAUGGAUGUCAGCUCAGAUGCUCUUAUAUCUUCCACCAGCAUCAAAGGGAGGAAAAAGUGUAACGAUUCCAAAUUUGGUGCUUCAAAUAAAUGGAAAGGUAGAAAUUCUGAUUUAGAGAAAAAACUCUGUGAUUUUGCUCCAAAAACUCGAAAAGCCGUCAAGAAAGAACCUGAGGUUGCUACAGCUGAAGAUUUGGACUCUAUAAAUCAUCCUCUACAAAUUGUGUUUCCUCGAGACUUGUUUCCUGUUGAUACUGAAUUGAGCCCCUUUAAAGGAGCUAAUGGUAAAAAUUCCCAAGUGAUUAACAUUGAAAAGUCCAGUCUUACUCAUGCUCAAAGUUCUGCAUUGAUUGCACUGCUUGAGUCACAAACCAGAAAUGCCCCGUACACUGGCUUACAGCUGACAGAUAAAGAGAAACCACUAGCAGAAGGUCUUAAAACGACGAAAAUUUUUGAGAACUUGGCACAGUCUGAUAUAAGCUUCCCUUCAAAGCUUGCGGAAAUCAACACGCAUCAGCAUCACUGAUGAUACCAGUUCAAAUGUCUCCUUGAAUAGCAAGAUGACAAGAAGUGCAGUACUGGCUGACCAAUAUGAAACUGAAGUUGGUGCUAUUGUUCCUUACGACAGUGAAUUUUCGGAGUCACAGAAGAAAAAAAAAGGUUCAAAUGUUAAGAUGGACAAGCCAAAUCCAGAUGGGGUUACCACAGACAACAGAGGUGAGGUUGAUCUUCAGAUUUUGUACUCAAUGGUUGGUUCCACCCAUGAGACCCCAGAAUCUCUUCUUGAGACUUUGAAGAAAUUCACAAUGGAUAAAUUGAGGGCCAUGGCAAAGGAUAAAAACGUGAAAAAGUACUAUAAGCUUAACAAAGGAGAGUUGGUCGCACAGCUAGUUGAGCGGCUCAGUAGCAGUAACUGCUGAACUUAAUCUUGUAGUAUUGGGCUUAUUGGGGUAACCAUUUUCUGCCUUGCUUUUUUUUUAGGAGGGUUUUGGUACAGGAACUGAAAAUAGGGUUCUGACAUAGUGAUGAAAUAACAAAUAGGCAAACCAAAAUGGAUAUUGUGAAUUGUACAGCCUAUAGAUAGAAUACUAGGAGUAUUUUGUAAAUGAAAGGAAGUAUAGGUUUUCUUCCUUGCAGCUUUGUUUAGUCUUUGUGACCUUAGAGGAGGCCUGGGACUCUGGUGAGAUAUAUCACGUUCAUGUCCUGCUAAGAUCUAUUAUGAUGAUAUAAUAUAUAUCUGAAUACGGGAAACUAUGACGUUUGUCUUA